AUGUCUGAUGAUGUUAUAGGUGCUGCCCAAGCCAUGAUAUCCAACACAAAUGCGGCACUAAAGACGGCGUAUCCUAUAUUACCACGACUUGCCAUCCCCAACUCAGCCUUGGCUUCUUGUCCUCAAGCCCUGUACUGGUCAGAGCUUUUCCUUUGCAAGAUUGCCAUGCUGGCAAGCAAGGGAAUGUCUUUCAACGAACCGAGCGAGAACGAGUUCGAAAUCGAGAUAGCAUUGAAAGCUUUUAGAUUGUGGUCCGGCCACCCACACGUCAAGCGGCGAGAUAUUGCAGCUGGGCAAACACCCACUCACACGGCUGGAAUUUACCAAUCUGAGCCCCAAUCAUCUGUAUGGAUGUCUUAUUACAAACUGUUAUCUGUGAUAUUGCGGCACGGCCUACCGUAUUUCCCGCUAUCUCCAGGAACACCGCGUCGUCAGCUCGCCAACGAGAUCCGACGGGUGGAAACCGUUUGUGAAAGUGUCUUAUUGAGAGAAACUAAGUUCCCCGUCGCGAGUGACAGCAACCCUCAGGUGGAGGCAUGGACCGAGGAAGUAAUAAAGAACUGGGAAGUCUUGUGUGGCCCCGGCUGGAGAAACGAUGAUCUCGAUGGAGGACAAGAUGCUGUCAGUCGGAAUGUUCUUGACAUUCUCUACCGAGCUGCAACAGAAACUUACCACUCCCAUACGAUUUUGCGGCGCUUGUUUCAUGUGCAUGCUACUUUGGCAGAGUUUGAUCUUGCCAUAAAAGCACUCGACACUUACGUUGAAAUUGUCGUAAGUGCAAAAGAUAGGGCGGAAAAAGCAGCCGAGAUUGGUGAUUUGGAAAGUGAUGAGACGUUACUACAAACCGUGUCCGAGGGUGUACUUCUACUUUGCUGCUUCGGUUCCGAAAAUGAAGCGCGGAAGGCCAAAGAGCUUAUCCCAAUACUGGAAAAAUAUAUCGAGAAAGAUAUAGCAGACGACCUCACCCUUGCGAACGAAAUUGCACCCCGUGUCUCUUUGCGUGUCGUCGCUAUGGCUUAUAAGGCCAUCGGCAUUGGCUUGGCUAGUUGGUCAAGGUGGACCCCAAUCAACGAGAUUCGUAAUGAUAUAAGAGCGGAGGCUAUUGAAAAUCUAGAGAGAAGUCUUGCUCCAGAAUUUCAGUCACAAUAUGAUCUUUCGACCAGAUAUGCCCUCGCACUUCUCCUCGCCGAGUCUCGCGACCUAGAUGGUGCAAUCAGCCAUGUGAGGUUAGCUCUCACCCCUAGAGAGGAGCGGACACAAUCAACACCUGUCACCUACGCCCCGCACCAGACCACACUGUCACAAGAGAGAGAUAAGAUUCCCCUUUGGCAUUUGUUAGCGCUAUUGCUUAGUGCAAAACAAGAGUUUGAUAUUGCAGGCCGUACUUGCGAAGCAGCAUUUGAUCAGCUCCCUUCGUCAGUCAAUGCAUUGGCUCACAAUGCUAGGCGCAACAAUCGUGAAGGGGAAAAGCAAACGAAGAAAGAUUGGAUAAAACAUCUGCAAAGCCGGGAAAAGGAGCGUAUUAUCGAGACCCGCAUGACACAACUCGCCCUUCUUGAAAUUACAGAUGGCUCAGAGGUUGCUGUGAACCAUAGUGACAACUUGCUCGCAUUAUUUGCCACGUUAUUCGAAGAUCUGGAACUUGAAAUCACAACUGAGAAAGCCUCAAAACCCCAACAGCAGCUUGAGCCCCCAAAAAGCUCUGCUGGAACGGUGAAAAGCUUUCGUGGAAGCAUUUUUGGUAGAAAGCGAGGCUCAAAGGUCCCGUCCAAUGCCGGUGAAAUACCUCCCCUUCCCAAUGGGGGACUUCCUAAUGCCUCUGCGGAUGCCCCCACGAUCAGAGUGACACCUGAAUCCGCAAAUGGAACUCAACAAGGCCAGCAACAGAAACAUCAACUAGAAAAAUCCCAACAAGCCGUGCCAAUCAACGCCACGGAUGGUGAGCCUUCCGCCGGAAACGGUUCUAUCAAUGAGCAAGAGAGUCCUGAAAAGAUAGGGAUUGCUAUUUCCAAUAUCAGUGGAUCUCCAAUGCCACCCACAAGACCCAAAGAAAGUGCGAAGCAGCAAUUACCCUCCGUCGCUCACAACGUAAAUUCCAAGCAUCAACCUCUUCCGGCCGGCCAUACCAAGCAACCACCGGAACAGGAUGUCCGCUUGCCAAACGUUCAUCGUUUUGAUUCACCUACAAACGCUCUUUUGGUAUUUCCUACUCUCCAGACUCAAAAGCACGCCCUCUCCGUGCUAGUGAAAGUAUGGCUUCUCAUAUCGGGCUUGUAUCGUCGAGCUUCUCUCUUUGAAGACGCUCGUGAAGCUUGUGAAGAAGCGUCUAAACAGGCUAACGCCUUUGAAGCUCUUGUAGCCGCGCAGGAGUCUUCAGCCCGUGCUUUCGACCAGCGUGUAUGGGGUGUAGCUAAAAGUGUAGAGGAGUUGUGGGGUGAUGUCUAUGCAGAGAAGGGAGCACUGUCAGAGGCGCAGUCUAUGUUCCAAGAAGCCAUGCAAUACUACGAAGAAGCCAUUGCCCGCUAUCCUGACCACCCUAAAGCGACAAUUGGUUUAUCGAAUUUGCUUCUGGAUUUUUGGGAAGAAAAGAUCCCACUGGAGCCACUGAGGCCUCAACUGGACACUGAUUUUGUCAAGUCAUCGUGCUUCGAGCAUAAAACCCACUCACAUAUCAACGAUUCAGAGACGUUUCCAGAAUCUGCGCCAGCUAACUCUAAUACGAAUACAUCACCGGUUUCUGCUGUGGAAACCAAGAAGUCCGCCAACGCGCCCAUCAAUGACGAUAAGCCGGGAUAUUUAAGUCGACAAGCUGCUCGAGAUCGUGCCUAUGGCCUUCUCUCCAUGUUGACGAAAACUGGAUCGGCUUGGGACAAUUCAGAAGCGUGGUUCACCUUAGCCCGAGCGCAUGAGGCAGGCUCACAGAUAGAAAAGGCCAAGGAAAUUUUGUGGUGGUGCAUUGAACUCGAGGACGAAAAACCCAUUAGACAUUGGUGGAAUUUGGGAGCCGGGGGUAAUUUUCAAGCAAUAUAG